CUUUAUGCCUUUUAAGGCGAUGUCUGUUUUGUUCUGAGGUGAAAGGACACAGAGCAGCAAGUCAAGAUGACAACAUUAAGACCGUUUACCUGCGAUGAUUUAUUUAAAUUUAACAAUAUCAACCUGGACCCAUUGACAGAAACAUAUGGGAUCCCGUUUUACCUCCAGUACCUGGCUCACUGGCCGGAGUACUUUAUCGUUGCUGAGGCUCCUGGUGGUGAACUGAUGGGCUACAUCAUGGGGAAGGCGGAGGGAUCUGUGGCGCGGGAGGAGUGGCACGGUCACGUCACCGCUCUGUCUGUCGCCCCCGAGUUCAGAAGACUCGGCCUCGCAGCCAAACUCAUGGAGAUGCUGGAGGAGAUCUCGGAGAGGAAGGGCGGAUUCUUCGUGGAUCUCUUUGUGCGAGUCUCCAACCAGGUGGCGGUGAACAUGUACAAACGUCUGGGCUACAGCGUCUACAGGACGGUGAUCGAGUAUUACUCAGCCAGCAACGGAGAACCGGACGAAGACGCCUACGACAUGAGGAAAGCGCUGUCCAGAGACACGGAGAAGAAGUCCAUCAUCCCGCUGCCACACCCAGUCCGACCAGAAGACAUCGAAUAACAGACUGUGGCUCUCUGACGCAUCUUUACCUCUUUGUCCUGAUAAUCACAUGUGAAUAAUAUGUAAUGACUGACCCCGCUCAGUUACGUUGUACAUAGUUAAACUGUCCCAGAAGCUGCUUACCACUUCAGUCAUAGUCAGAGAGCCACAAUGUACACCUUUUAAUUUCCCAAAAGGAUCGAAUUCCCAUUUCCUGUAAAUUCUGAAUGAACAUUUUCUUAAGAAAUAAGACAACAAAGUGGGAUUGAUUUGACGUUUGUAUAAUGCAGAAAACAUGGUCGUACAAUAAAGACUACUC